GGCCGCCCCACAGUUCUAUCAUUACAGUCGUACAGUUCAAAGGAACAACAACAACAAACAGUGACCAGCACCAGCAGUCGUCAGCCACCUGCUAGUCACGUCCAACAGAAUAAUUCUCCGUAAGCGAAAAAUCGAAAAAUCAACCAUCAUCACCAUGAGUUUCGCGUUUAAGUUCGGAUUAGUAGUGUUAUCGGCAUGCGUGUGCUUGGCCUCGGCCGACCCGAUACCCGCAGCGGCGGCAAAACAGGACGAUGGCUGCGCCGGCAACCAAGACUCGUUUGCGUGCGCACAAAUGCAAUUCUACCGGUCCGCUCGGGCUUUCUUCGACCAAGACAAAGUUGAUCUGUUAGGAGGUUUGUCGCUCGUCAAGACCGAGAAGAAAGGUAGGUCCCUUUCCGAGACUUCCGAAGAUGUUAACAACGUUGAAAACGCAAAGGACGCCAAUGACCGUGAAACCGCACUCGAAGACUUCACCAUGCACAAGGUAAUGCGUUUCUUCCAAGAAAGGACCCUCCACUGGAACUUGUCGCCAAUCGUCACCGAAGUAUCCGAAACCGCCCGCAGCGUCGCUGACCAAAUCCCAACUCAAUUCAAAAACAAAAUCUCAAACUACAUCGAAGAAGGUCGUGGUAUGCUCAAGAAGAAGAAGUUCUUGAAACAUCUUAUCCCACUCUUGAUCGCUCUCAAAGUCAAAUUAUCCGCCUUUGUUGUUAUCGCCUACGUCGUCAUCGCUUUGAUCGCCAAGAAGGCUCUGUUAGCCAGCGUGAUCUCUCUGCUCGUUUCCGGAUUCAUUGGUAUCAGAAAAUUGUUGGCCGCUCAACACCACGUACCUCACCAUGAAGUGAUCGAGACACACGCCGGACACAGCAGCUACGGUAGCAGCGCCCCAAGCGGUUACAGCGCAUCCAGCUCCGGAUGGGACAGCUAUGGAGGAGGACACGAUGCCCACGGAUCGUACUCCAACAACGUUGGCCAAACCUUGGCCUACGGUGGACAAAAACCAGUUGCCAGAUAGAGACUACGACGUGAAAGGCAAGCCUGACUAUUUGUAUAUAUAUAAUAUUUGUGCAUGGUCUUGCCCGCCGCAGUUCAAAGAUGGCAAAACAACAUCAGCAAAAAAAAAAACAAAAAAAACUCACAAAUUAUUUAUUUUAAAUUAUCAUCGACUCCGACGCGGCACAACCCGUAACUCACACGACGAGCCAUCGACUGACGACAUUUUUUAUCCAAACUAUCGAUGAUUCGACUACUCGUGUUUAUUUACGACGACUAUUACGAUAGGGACCACGUGACUGACAUAAACUUAUUACCGACGCGACUUUUAUAUAAUAUCAUCAUCCUCUCGUCAUAUUCCCGAAUCGUUAAUUAUUUAUUUUUAAUUUUUAUAAUAAUUUAUUUAACACUAUACUUGGUAGGUUGACAUUACCCGACAAACUCGAAACGGACAUGGUGUCAUCCACACGACUGACACGUUGACUGAACGUAUAAUAAUAUGUUUACCAUAAUUUAUUUUCAAAAAUAACCAUAACGCAUAUAUUAUAUAGCAUAAUUUUAUAAUGACAAAUAGAUAUGUGCCAAAGACAUAAUAAUAAUAUAUCAACAGUUAUAAUAUUACUUGUAGGACAUGACUGACUUUAUAGCCCACUUGUUGACUUCACUGACUCUUUGACCAUCGUCAUGAUAUACUGUCAUGACGACGAUCAAAAUAACGACCAUUACUACAGACAACACACACACUAGCUGACAACUUAUAACCGACUCGAUUAGCUUAUCCGCUCAUUGUACUUAGUCGUAUCGGACGUAAGAUAAUAAUAUUUAUUUAUUUUUACCCGUUUUGUAAAAGAUUUGUAUUUUUUAUUUAAUAAAUAAACGAAUUUAGUUAUUGCCAAAGAAAAUGUCAAUACGAAAGUUA